CGAGCGAUUUAAUAAUUAAUACUCCAGCUUCGAACAUUUGGGAACGUUUCUGGUGAUUUAGGGUUUGGCUACAGAGAGUGAUAAGAGAGAUGGGAGGAGGCCAUGGAGGGAGUACAACUUACAAAGGUGUAACUUUGCAUCACCCAAAGAGAUGGCAUGCCGUCACCGGCAAAGGCUUGUGCGCCGUCAUGUGGUUCUGGAUUUUGUACAGGGCUAAGCAAGAUGGUCCUGUUGUAUUGGGUUGGCGACACCCUUGGGAAGGCCAUGACGAUCAUUAGUGAUUAUUGGCAAUGUUUUAGCAGCAGCCGGUGGAAGAAUAUCGGAUUAUAGGUUGCUGUUGCAGAUGCUGUUAAAAAUGUCUAAAGUUCUUUAGUUUCAAUAAAGUGAUUGUGAAGAAAGAUUGUAAGCAUAAUAAGAUAAAUAAACGGAACGUCAUUUCAACAUUGGGUUUUGUUGUUUCUAAGCAUGGAUUCUUGUUAAUGUAUGUGUUGCUUGUGCA